CCGGACGAUACGUUUAGUUAUGAGUGCACGCGCGAUGAUUAAAACGUUUCCAUUGAAUAAAAUAUUAUUCUAUUUAUUUAUUUUUAAAUUUUAUUUUUUAUUUUAAUGUAUUUAUUAUUUGAGAUUCAAGAAGUGCUGUGUGGUGUUGUGUGUUGUGUAAUUUAAAUAAAUAUUUUAGUUAAAUUAUUUAUUUUAAUUAAAAUUUUGUGAAAAUGAUGAAAGUAAGCGAAAUCAUGAAGAUUGGAUUUAUUGGCGGCGGCAGGCUGGCCUUCGCCUUGGCGAACGGGUUUAUCUCAGCUGGUUUGGCAAAACCCGAUGAGAUCACAGCUAGCGUCCAUCCCGCUGAUGUCACCAGUGCUGAGGCAUUUAAGAAACUGGGUGCUACAGCAGUCUUCGAGAACAAGCCUGUUGUGGAGAGAUCCGAGGUAGUGAUCGUGUCAGUAAAACCUGAUGUGGUCGUGCCGGUUCUGAAGGAAGUCAAGGAUCUGCAAGCUUCGAAGAACAAGCUGUUCAUCUCUGUCGCUAUGGGAGUCUCCACUGCUGCUAUUGAGAAGGUAUUACCAACAGAAGCUCGUGUGAUCAGAGUGAUGCCGAACACGCCAGCUUUGGUACAACAUGGAGCUGCAGCCCUAAGCCGAGGUACCCGUGCUACCGCUGACGAUGCCAAGCUGACCACACAGCUGUUCCAAGCUGUAGGCACUUGUGAUGAAGUGCCUGAAUACCAGAUGGAUGCUGUCACCGCUUUGAGUGGAAGUGGACCAGCCUAUAUCUACAUGAUGAUAGAGUCUCUAGCUGAUGGUGGUGUGCGUUGUGGUCUACCUCGGGACCUCGCGCUCCGACUGGCUGCUCAGACGACACUCGGGGCAGCAGCUAUGGUAAAGACUGGCACCCAUCCAGCAGUUCUUAAAGAUAAUGUCACGAGCCCUGCUGGGUCUACCGCUGAUGGAACUUAUCAUUUGGAGCAGAAUGGUUUCCGUUCAGCUGUCAUCGGUGCUGUGGCCGCGGCCGCCGAUAGAUGUAAAGUGGUCAACAGCCAACUCAACAAUACACCCUAGUGUUCGCAGCAUAUUCUAAUGUAAUUAAAUACAAUUAUGUUUUACUAAGAGUACAACGAAUAUUAAUUUCGUAAAUUAAAC